AUGACGACGCCAAUAAGAUUGCCUUCGAACUUGCCCUUCCCGGUUACGAUAGCGAAACUUUGCGUUUCCACCGGGGACUCAGUUAAGAAAGGCCAGCGACUAUUUGUUUACAAAUAUUGGGAGCUGCAAGAUAUUAUAACGGCACCUAAUGAAGAAGCACCGAAAAAGAAGCGAAGGGUUGACUUGAUAGGGACAUUUGACUCGCCAGUUGAAGGCACUCUAGUUUCGCUCAACAUAGGCUUAGGCGACGAGUUCGUUAACGAUGCGAACGUUAUUGCGGAGGUGAACCAGCUCUGUUCGCACGAGGUUACAUAUGGCGGUCUCUGUGUUGUGUGCGGCAAGACUGUUGAAGAAGAUGACCAAAACGUAUCUGAUAAUGGUAUUUCUAAUAGCAAGCUAACAGUAGCACACAACAACACCAAUAUCAAAGUUUCAGAGCGACAGGCUGCGACUAUCGAGAAGACUGCUCAGAAGCAUUUACGCGAACACAAGAAACUGGUAUUGGUUGUGGACUUAGAUCAGACCGUGAUUCACUGUGGUGUGGACCCAACUAUCCAUGAGUGGGCCAACGACCCUUCGAAUCCCAACUACGACGCGUUAAAAAAUGUCAAAACGUUUUCGCUGGACGAGGACCCGAUACUUCCGCCUUUCUACAUGGGUCCAAGACCGCCCCCAAGGAAGUGCCAGUACUACGUUAAACUAAGGCCGGGCCUUCAAGAGUUUUUUGAUAAAAUCGCUCCUCAUUUUGAACUCCAUAUCUAUACAAUGGCUACCCGAGCAUACGCACUGGAAAUCGCCAAAAUAAUCGACCCGAAAGGCGAACUGUUCGGCGACCGCAUAUUGUCGCGAGACGAGAAUGGCUCACUAACGCACAAAUCACUCGAAAGGCUCUUCCCCAUGGAUCAGUCGAUGGUGGUAAUCAUCGAUGAUAGAGGCGAUGUAUGGAGCUGGUGCGAGAAUUUAAUCAAGGUAGUUCCUUACAACUUCUUCGUGGGUGUCGGGGACAUUAACUCCAACUUUUUACCAAGACAGCAAAACUCUAUGUUACAUUUGGGUCGAAGAAACAGAAAGAAGGCUGAGGAAGAAGAACUUCUAACGGACAUAAUGGACACAGAAAAGAAGCUUCAAGAGAAGAUAGACCAGGAGGUGAAGAAACAAGAGGAGAAAUUUAAUAAAAUCAACGAGGAGAACCAGCCAGAGCGGCCUAUUUCCAAAGAGGAUUUAACCAAGAAACUGGAGCACAAUGCUUCUUUAGAAGUUCAGCAACAGAACAGGCCCCUGGCCGAGCUACAAAAACACAUGAACAACCAAAAGCUACUGACCGACGACGACGAUGAACUUCCGCAUCUCUCCAAUAUUCUUUUGAACGUACACAAAACUUAUUAUGACAAACUUGCCGAACAAGGUCAGCCUCCUGACAUAAAAACGCUCAUGCCACAAAUGAAAUCGCAGGUUUUCAAACGAUGCCAUUUUGUGUUUUCAGGGCUUAUCCCUCUCGGGACUAACGUACGACAAGCAGACAUUGUGUUAUGGACGAGCAUGUUCGGAGCAACAACCUCUGUUGACGUCGACGAAGCCACUACCCAUGUCAUUACCAAAACACCAGGUACCUUCAAGGCGCGCCUCGCGAAAACUUAUAAUCCUAACAUCAAAGUAAUUCACCCCGACUGGAUUUUUGAAUGUUUAGUCAAGUGGGUCAGGGUCAACGAAAAGCCUUAUGAGCUGACCACAGAGCAAGAUGUAUCUCCCGAAGAGCUCGAGGAGUUUAAAAAGAGACUUGAUAAGAAGAAGCAGUCUGAGAAGGCCUUGAGCGAGAGCAUCCAGCAGGAGGCCACCCAAGAACUCAAUCUUCUAACCGGCAAUGACCUGUGGCUCGACAACGACGACGACGAGAUGGAUGAGUUUUUGAACGACGAAGAUGCGAACGAUGAUAACGAAGAUGGCGGCGAAGACCUAGAUGAGCAGCAAGAAUAUCGGUCUCCAAGCUCGGACUCGUCAGAGUCGUCGACACGCGAUGUCCAUACUACUGGGCUUUCGUCCGACAGCGCUUCAGAGCACAACGGUGGCGAGCCUGAGAAUGCUGAGCUGGACGCUCAGCAUCAGGCAACUAAAAGAUCCUUCGAGCCGGCUGAAGCGGAGACGCCUCCCAAACGGCGUAAUUUGAACGCUCGCGACCCAGCGAACGAAAAUGACGAUGAAGAUCUGGAGGCAGAGCUGCUGCUCGAGCUUGAAGGCUAG